UGACGACUCGCCGCCAGGGUUUAUGAUAUCAUACCCAGGCCUUGGAUGGGUCUCUUCAUUGGCAACCUACUGCUAUGCCAUUCUUUCAGCGCAUUCGGGGUGAUGGCUACGACAGCAAAGUGCGCACCGGACUCGCAGAUGACGUUUCUGUUGCACCGGGGUACCAGUUCUGCUGUUGCUGCUAGUCGCUCAUCUCAGUCUUCAGCUUCCCUAAUCCCCGGCCCCACCGCUUUUUGGACUUCUUGUUUUCUUCGUUUCUAAUCCCCUGCCUAGAUCCUCUCUCAUUGUAGUCUCGUUACCAUCCGCCUUAGGAUUUAACGUGAGACAAGGCCAUCUUACUAGUAUCCCUCUGCAAUCUCCCUGACGGGCGUCAGAAAAGUGAC